CCUGACCUGGUCCACCACAACUGGCUUAGUGUUCAGUCAUAACAGGCCCUAGAUGGGCCACUUUUCUUUUAUGUCUCCAUAGGAAUCAGUCGCCAUGAUUGCCGCCCCGCCUCGAGAAAACCCCCUGGUUGCCUGGUUGAGAGCCUACGCCCUACAGGAGGUCCUCAUCGGGAACCUGUCAGAUGUCCCCCCAUCACACGAUUGCGUUGCCUGUACAAGACCAAAGGCCUCAGAGGGAGGGUCCCCCUUCCUCUGGGAGUUCCUCCCCCUCACGAACCUGACUCCACAGCAUCCAGCUUCAGCCUGCAACAACACAGACUGGGUUCAUCGGCCUCUGUUCACGUGCAACACCACCAGCGACGACCGAAGACCCAACUCAUUCGCCCCUGUUGCGGUGACAGGACCACUCCCAGCAGCCCCCUGCAUCGUGUUCUUUGGCUUCUCCAAUCCCACUCCGUUGGGGCAGUAUCCCAAUUGCACCCAAUGGUUCAUAGGACCUCGGCCUAACUCAAACCCCAAGAAAGGAAGCUCAAGAUACCGCACUGAGUUCACCAGGACAAGUGUGGCUCUGUGGGAACAACAUUGCCCGGACUGCUCUACCCGCAUUCCCAAAGGGGGUAUGUGCCAUCGGGCAACUCGUCAUAAAGGGAGGAGGGCUCUUUCACCACCGUCGCCCCUUCUUCUCCUCACCACGCAAACGACGAACAGCCACCGCAUGGGAGCGACUCAAGUCAGCCACCGAGAUGGUCAUAGGAGGGUACAUACAGUUUAACCCCCUCUCAUACAGUUUAACUUUACAGCAAAUCCGUGGACUGUCGCUUGGUCUGGAAGCCCUCACCAACAUCACAGCAGAAGGACUUCGUCGAACCAGCGACGCCCUCACUAUCCUAGCCAA